ACAGCCUCUCUGCCUUUUCAUUGGACAGUUGCUCGACAAUCGUUAGCAGGCUGUGUGCGUGGGUGACAGCGGCUAGCAUCACAUUCACACUUCAGCCGCGAAACAGCGAACGUCAGCUAAAUGAACAAGAAACAGCGGGUGGAUUAGUGUUUAACCACACAGCUCAUGAGACCGCUUGAUAAAAGAAUAAAACGCUAUUUUUAAAAAGGUGAGGAUGUCUGUCCCGGCAGGAGAGGGAUGAAGAUGACACCACUGUUAUGGCGAGUUGUGUCAGCCUGGCUAUGUGUAGCUGUAGUCUGUAGGUACCCUAGUUGCUAUGUCUGUUGCACAGAGUCGCACCAGGAGGCUCAGAGGUCCGUGUCCUCACAGGACGUCGGUUCGGAGGAAGAGUCGGGGGAAAAUAUUCAUCAUCACAAGGUUGAGGAAAGCUGGGUCCUGCCUGACCAGUCCCUAUCUAACAAUGAGCAGUUGAUUGAGGAGGAUUGGCAAAAAGAGGAGCAGACAACACAAGAGGCCUUUGAAGAGGAGGAAAGCUCUGUAGAGGAAGAGUUGGAAGUAGACAACGGAAUUUCACAACCCGAGCCAGAACCUGAGCAGAGCUCAGAAAAUGAACAUCCUGAAAGCUCCAUCACUCAACACCAGGACUACCUGCUGCCUUCCUCCGGCCCUGUCUCUGACUUCGCUGCUGAGCUUGAAGACGACUCCAACAUGGUUAACCUUCAAGACAACAUCCCAGACAGUGUUUCAGAUGAUGCAGCUGACGUAGCUGCACCUGAGGACAUUGAUUCUGACCUGCCGCCAGCUGACUGCGAAGAAGAAGGACAAGAAGCUGCAGAAGAAGAAGAAGCAAAAGAAGGAGGACAAGAAGCAGCAGCAGCAGCAGCAGCAGAAGAAGAAGAAGAAGAAGAAGAAGAAGAAGGCGAAGGAGAAGAGGGAGAAGACAACCCAUAUGACAAUGAUAGUAGUCCUCCAAUUGUUCUGGAGAACACUUCCAAUGUUCACACUGCAGGUACUAAAACCCAGACGGACCAACCUUUGAUUUCUCCGACUGGUCACAGCUCACAGCAGCCGGAGGCCAACACGUCACACAUGCUGAAAGAGCAAGACCCGAGCUCCCCUGUUACCACAGGCCCAGAUUCCAUUCCGAGCAGCAAAGACCCCGAGGACAUCCCCACUUUUGAUGAGUGGACGCGCAAGAUGAGGGAGGUCGAGAACGAAAAGACUCAGUCUACUCAUACUUCUAACAAUGUGGCUUCUCAUGCGGUGAAGAAGGUCCAGAAGAACUUCAAUAACUACGCCUCGGUGGAGUGUGGAGCCAAGAUCCUUGGUGCUAACCAAGAAGCAAAGAGCACUUCAGCCAUAUUGAAGGAGAACAUGGACAUGUACAUGCUGAACCCCUGCAGUAAUAAAAUCUGGUUCAUCAUUGAGCUCUGUGAGCCCAUCCAGGUGAAGCAGCUGGACAUCGCUAACUUUGAGCUAUUCUCCUCUACUCCCAAAGACUUUCUUGUCUCCAUCAGUGAUAGAUAUCCAACAAACAAGUGGCUGAAGCUGGGGACCUUCCACGCCCGGGAUGAGCGCACAGUCCAGAGCUUCCCAUUAGAUGAACAUCUUUAUGCUAAAUAUGUGAAGAUGUUCACCAAGUACAUAAAGGUCGAGCUGGUCUCUCACUUUGGCUCUGAGCAUUUCUGUCCCCUGAGUCUCAUAAGGGUGUUUGGCACAAGCAUGGUGGAAGAGUACGAGGAGAUCGCUGAUCCCCCAGAAAGACCAGAUGAUCAGGACGAUGAUUUGGAUUACCCUCCUGGAUAUACACCCGGGGAAGACGAGUUAUCCAAGAAUCUGAUUGGAUCAGCAAAGGAUGUCAUUUUAAACAUGGUAAAUAAUAUUGCUGUCAAUGUUCUCGGCGGAGGCCCGGAGAUGCAAGGCAACCUUUCAUCACAGGAAGUGAACACCACUGAGCCACCACCCCAACUUGAAGCCGCCUCUCAAACUACGGACCUCACUUUAGUUCCAGACUCUGAAGUGGAAGAGAUUUUACCAGACUCUGGUAUCCCUGUAACUGUAGCCCCGUCCUCAGAGACGCCUACAGCCGAUACACGCGAACAAGAGCUCCUCCCAGUGGAGGAAGAAGUUAUCAUUCCCUUAGAGAAAGAUGAGGAAGAACAUAUCCGCUAUACAAUCACACUUUUGGAUAAGGAGGAGGAGUCGGAUGAAGAAAAAGAGAAAAGGAAUCGGCACGAGCGACAGCAUGAAAUCCAGAACUACUGCUCACUACUUCCUUCACUGUCUUCCGCUAGCGUUUGCGCAGCUGCUUCCCUCCAAGUGUAUUUCCAUCGACAGUGUCCGGCUCUGCUAUCCAAAAAAAGGAAAAGCCAAACUAUGAACGGAAACCAAAUAAUUCCUACUAUCCAACUACCCCAGGCCCCCCUUGCUGGCCCUGAACCUCAGCAGCCCCACAGUGAGGUACAUCAGCCCCAUGAACAAGAACAAGCGUCUGAACGGGAGCCAGAGAGCGGAGCCAGCGCUGCAGAAGCUCCACCGCCUCCAGGGAUCACCGUAGAAUCUCACAAAGAGUCUAUGUCCGAACCUCUUCUGCUGGAGCCCAGUCAAACCUCGAUCCUCCCCACGCCCAGUGCCACUGACUCAUCCCCUGCCAAACCAGUCCCUGUUGUGGAGACACCACAGCUGUCUUCUGAGGAACCAGCGCCGGAGCCAGAAAAGAGCCAGGAUGUGCUGGCUGAAGAGAAGCACAUUGAGCCUUCAGACUCUCUCAGUAGCUCAAUCUAUGUAAAGCCCAGUGUCGGUGCCACAGUGGACGAUGCCUCAGUGGCACCGACGGAAGAGAAGUCUGACAUUGAGCUUUUUAAACCAGAGAUAUCUGCCUCCAUCCAAACCCCAGAUACGACGGAUGAAUAUCAAGUUCUCUCUCCCACCACCUCCCCUCAUUUAGAACACCCUGACCCCCCAGCUAUAUCUGACAGCGGCACUGCUUCCACUGAAGUGUCCCACCGUGUUCCAGACACCAUUACAGAACUUGAGCCCUCUGGUGGUCACACGGUCAUCACAGAAACUAAACCAGAGGAAUUUGCGGAGGACAUCUCUCCAUCGUCAGGUGGCAAGCCUUCCUCUGCGUCCCUCUCAGACAUCUACGCAGAGACCCCCAAUGGCACGGAGCAGAUUGGGAACCCAAUGCAUGGCUCCAGCCAGAAAGAGUCGGUGUUUAUGAGACUCAACAACCGCAUCAAGGCCCUGGAGAUGAACAUGUCACUGAGCGGACGCUACCUGGAGCAGCUAAGCCAGAGGUAUCGAAAGCAAAUGGAGGAGAUGCAGAAGGCUUUCAACAAAACCAUCAUUAAACUACAGAACACCUCCAGAAUAGCAGAGGAGCAGGACCAGCGUCAGACUGAGUCCAUCCAGCUGCUGCAGGGCCAGCUGGAGAAUGUGACUCAGCUGGUUCUCAACCUGUCUGUCAGUGUCAGCCAGCUGCAGAACGAGGUGUCCGACAGGCAGAACUACCUGCUGCUCUCGCUGCUGUUGUGUCUGUGUCUCGGCCUGCUGCUGUGUGCCAACUACUGCCGCAUCUCUGAUCUUCCUCCAUCCACAGAACCAGAGCCACCCAUACCUAAGAGCUACACCUACUGCUGCCCUGAAAGGCAGUUCUCGUCCUGUGAUGAGAUGGGCUUGAAGAGGAGUGCAUCUUAUCCGCUCAUACACUCACUUGCCACUGAAGGCCCAGAAAUGCUGCUUGCAGAAGAGACGCAGAGUCUUUGUCCAGCGAACAGAAAGAGGAGACGCCGUAAGAUGAAACCCAUGGAGAAAGUGGAGACUCUGAAACCCUCUUUUCUCGCUGCUCCAGAACUCUGUAAUGGAACUAUUGUAUGUAACGGUGUACCUGUCGCCACGAACCCCACACCCUUUACAAAAAGGUUACUUCAACCUAUGUUUAGAGAUUCACCAUCAGAGGGCAGCUCGGAGGGAUCUUCACAUUCAGAUGACCCCUCCUUCUGUGGCAUCACCACAGCUUGCAACCGAAUCUGUGAUGGACUCCCUCAACCCAAGACCCGGGCGGAGAAACGGGCAUUAAGACGCAGGCGUCCAAAGCCCAGUUUUGCGGUGGUGGACUUGCUUCAUGCCCCACGGAGGGACAGGGGCCAACCAUUGCCCAUCUCUACCAUACAGGACAUCAUGAAUAGGAAAACAGAGCAAAGCUCUGGGACAUUUGGGGCAAAUGUUGCCUUCUCGGGUCCUGUUUGAAAGGACUCCACUCCUCACUGACUGCUUAACUGGAUGGAUGUUUUUUUUCUUUCUGUUGCCACAGGCAGCUUUAAGCUUCGAUAUGAGACAAUCCCUAAACUCUUAAUAUUGUUUACUGUUCAUGUUCUUGUCAGAUGUUUAUAUUUGUUAAACUUCAAAUCAAAGAAAUGUCUUCCCAGCUUUCCAUUAAAGCUUUUGUUUGGAAA